UGCUGUCCCACCUAUCUGUCCAGAGGUAAGAAACCCCUGGAGUGGUGCCCUGCCCUGUGAGCCCGUCCACAGGACAGUAGGGGACUCAGCAGCACCUUCUCCAGAUCCUGUGGCCAGAGGUUGAGGUUUCUGAGGAGGCAGAAGGUCGGGAGUGGCCGGUCUGCAUUUGUCUGCGGGCCAACUGAGCCAGGCCUGCUUCUGCCGUCUGUCAGGUGUCCUCAGAGGUGACAGGUACCAGCUUCCCUUCCAGAAAUCCCCGCUUUUCAGCUCAACCUCAGGACUGGCGUAAGCAGUGCAGACAGCGAGGGGCGGGGAGCGGCCACCUCCCUGUUGCUGUCGUCAAUAAGCCCACAGCCUGCUCAACUUACGGCAGGCUUGAGACAGACUUAAGAUAGACAGCCGUGAGGCUUGAGACAGACAGCCGUGAGGCUGGCCGUCCUCAGCCCCAGAGAGACCAGGUGUGUGACAUGAUGUAGCUGGCUGGGGCUUCCACAUGGGGCAGAGAUGCAUGGGAUCUAUCCCAUUUGAUGAUGCCGGGCUGGAGUCUAUCAGAUGAAUGAGGAUGGACUGGCAUCUGUCAGAUGGCCCCAGGACCAUGAAUGCAACUUGCAACAGCAGCAGCACGUGGCCUGAUUCGAUCACCUACAUCUUCACCACCUACUCAGCCUUGCUGCUGGUGCUGGGCCUGCUGCUCAACGGCCUGGCACUCUGGGUAUUCUGCUCUCGCAUGCACCAGUGGACAGAGACCCGCGUCUAUAUGACCAACCUGGCUGUGGCUGACCUCUGCCUGCUCUGUUCCCUGCCCUUCAUGCUGUACUCCCUGAAAGACACUUCAGACACACCAAUCUGUCAGCUCUCGCAGGGCAUCUACCUGGUCAAUAGGUACAUGAGCAUAAGCUUGAUCACGGCCAUCGCUGUGGACCGCUAUGUGGCCGUGCGGCAUCCGAUCCGUGCCCGUGAGCUGCGGUCCCCACGACAGGCUGCCGCAGUGUGUGUGACCCUCUGGGUGGUAGUGGUCAUCUCCCUGGUAGUGCGCUGGCGCCUGGGGCUGCAGGAGGGUGGUUUCUGCUUCAGGAACCACAGCCGGCAAAACUCCGGCACCAUCGCGUUCUCGCUGCUGGGCUUCUACCUGCCGCUGGCCAUAGUGGUCUUCUGCUCUUUGCAGGUUGUGACUGCACUGGCGCAGAGGCCAACCGCUGAUGUAGUGCAGGCAGAGGCCACCCGCAAGGCCACCCACAUGGUCUGGGCCAAUUUGGCUGUGUUUAUCUUCUGCUUCCUACCGCUGCACGUGGUCCUGACCGUGCAGUUCUCCAUGGGCGCGAACACCUGUGCUGCCCGUUAUACCUUCAACCGCGCCCUGUCCAUCACAAGCAGACUCUCAGAUUCCAACUGCUGCCUGGACGCCAUCUGUUACUACUACAUGGCCAAGGAGUUCCAAGAUGCAUCCAUGUCAGCCAUGUCCUCCAAUGCACCCCACAAGAGCCAAGAUUCUCAGAGCUUGACUCUUACCUAGAAGUGAGCAUGUGCCAUGAACCAGAGGAACCUAUGAUAUUAGCAAGGAGCCCCCAAAUCUGCCUGAACAUGAUGUGGGUUUUGAAUACUCUAGGAAGCUCAGGUGGCCUGGAGAGGCUGUAUCUGCUCCCUGGAAGGGACCAGAGGACUGGGACUCUUAAAGACCAACUUGAAGGACCCUGGAACAAGACCACAUACUUGCCACUCCAGAUCUAGAACCCCUGAGGCACCAGAAUGGGGCCUUGGUGGCCGGCCACUGGGUUUAGAAUGGAGAUCUGUCCUGGAGAUGGUCCUAGAAGGGCCCUCGGUGUCACCCAGAUGCAAGUGGUGAGAGGCUAAGAAGGAACGGAGAGUUUGGAGAGCCAGGAGACAUCCUCUGAGAAGACUCUCUAAUGGCUGCUUCCUUGAGGGACCUCCAGACUUCACACCUCCUAUAUGGUUAGGCAGGAGGGCAGUAGCUGUGGUCUGGAAGGCUGUCUUAUACAGCACAUGGCUCUCGAUGUUGCUCUGUAUUCAGAGGGGGUUCCAGCUCAGGAGACCCAGUGGUCAUAAAGCUAUGUUCAACAGUAACACACUGCUGUUGAAGCCCUGAGCCUCUUGGUGGUGUUUCCAUUUGAUAGUGGGCCUGUUGAUCACAAGGCCAAUGGCUGUAGUAGUGGUCUGCUGGAGUCUGUUGUGAAGAAGAUUGACAUUUGGCCUGGUCCCUGCAUUCUCUGGGGGUGUGGCCUCAGGCUGCAAAGGGGCUCCACAGACCAGGAUCAGCUACAAAGCCAGAUCACUUUUGGAGUGUGAUAGCCCUGGGCUUUCUCUCUCUGUGCUUUAUUUUUUUGUCUUGGCUCAAAUGCUGCAGCCAUACCUGGAGCCAGAGCCCCCAACUAGGGGUGGCCCGCCACACUCCCGACUUCUACUUCAUCCAGCUCUCACUGCCUAACUGUCCCCUAUUUUGUAUGACCUUUUCUGCAGAAACCAAAAGUCUGCUCACCCUCCAGAUACCAAAGAAAGGAUUCCAUCCAAGUACAGACUGGCGAAGCAGUUUACUGGAGUUACUUACAAAACAUGGAGACUCCAUGGUGGCUCCACCACUCCAUGGUGGCUCCACCACUCCAUGGUGGCUCCACCACUCCAUGGUGGCUCCAUCACUCCAUGGUGACUCCACCACUCCAUGGUGGCUCCAUCACUGAAAAGUCCCACUCAACGGGUGACAACUCACAAAAACUGCACCAGUAGAUUACCAGUCCCUAGGAAACUUCCACCUCAUAUAUACCUGGACACCCACUCCAGACAAGAUACAGAUGGGGGUCUGAGGGGGUGGUGGCUAGAACCUCAGGUCCGCUGGCCCUCAUGUCCCUCUAAGAGGGAAUGCUGACAGCUUCAUGCCCAACACCAAUCUGUUUAGAACAGUAGUAUUUUCUUAUUUCAUUGCCAUGACUGUGAGUCAAGGUGUUCAGUGGAUGGAAACAGCAAUCUUCUUGCUCAUGGUUGGUGAUCGUGCUAAGCCAGAGGAAAUGGCUUUCCGACCACAGUCUACUACUCUUCCUUCGGCUCUCAUGUUCUUUCCACCCUCUGCAAUAUUCUCUGAACCUUUACCUUAGAAGGGAUGAUGCAUCUAUAUAAUCUAUAAAAUAUAUAAUAUACAUGUGUGUGCCUA